CUGACGUCAUCAACCCGUGUGUCAUCUUGAACCAUAUUAUAACCGCGGCACAUAACACAGAAAUUUUGGUUAUUCGCUUGGAUUUGAUUUAUAACUGUCUUUGUGACGUUUGGAUUUGGACUGUGUUUUCAUGAGGUUUUCGUCCCUGUAUAUCAUAUAAUAUUGUGGUUUUCAUUUUCCCCAAGUUGAUAUCUAAAGAUUUUUCAGUGAAUUUUCAACAACUUUCAUAACAUGUCCGAAUAUGAUAAUGUCAGAAUCGGAAAGCUGGUACUCAAAGGAGAAAAACAUAAGGCAAAGAAACGUAAACAUAAGAGCAAAAAGCCAGAGGAAAAGGUCCAAGAAGACCCAGACACCUUGAAACAUGGAAACUGGUGGAGAAUCUCAAAAGUAGAGGAACUAACAGGCCCUGUAGCUAUUGAGUUUGGAAAACACACCUAUGUAAAGGCAUUAGACAAUGGGGCAUUUAUGCUAGGAGCCCCACACAAUGAAGGUGAAGGGCCAUCACCAGAAGAAAUACUCACAGCCAUCUCUAUAAACGAGAGAAAAGUCGCAUUUAAGUCAGGGUACAAUAAAUACUUGAGAGUUGAGAAAAAUGGAGCAGUUACUGGUCGAUCAGAUGCUAUUGGGGCUAUGGAACAAUGGGAGGCUGUCUUUGAGGAAGGUAAGCUAGCUCUACUUGGUUACAAUGAUUGUUUCUUGAGUGUGGAUCCUGAAGAUGAUUCUGUAGUUGCAACUGCCAAAAGAGCUGGAUCUGGUCAAUUCGUACAAAUAAGAUCACAAUCUGUUAAAGAAGAGAACCCACUCAAAGAUGUACCUACUGAAGAACAGGGCAAAGUAACAGAUAUUGAACUCAAUUAUGUAAAAAAGUAUCAGAAAUUCCAAGACAAGAGGAUCAAACUUUGCCAAGAUGGCACUCAAGUCCUGAAGAAGGCCAAAGAUGAGGGAUACUUGCAUGAAACAUUGCUGGACAGAAGGAGUAAAAUGAAGGCAGACAGAUAUUGUAAAUAAAACGAUGUAUAUUUUAAAUGUAACUUUAUUUUUACUUUAAUAAAAAUGGUGUUCGACACAAAUCAUACAAAAUAA